CGCAAAGUUGCAUUAGUGAGCCGCAAGGGCCGAUAUCUUGCACCCAAACACCAAAAGAUGGUUCCUGCAGGAUUCCUGUCCGCUCCAUUCAAUCAUUGACCAUCAUGUGUGGCAUUAGCUGCAUCAUCAGCCUUGAUCGCCCUCAGGGGCACACUGCCGACCGUCUGAGUGAUACCAAGACAUUAGCGAAGCGACUGGACGACAGCCUUGAGCUGAUCAAGCAUCGCGGCCCUGACUCACGAGGCCAAUGGAUCAGCCCUGACAACAAAGUUGCUUUCGGUCACGUCAGAUUAGCAAUUAACGAUCUCUCGCCUGACGGUGCCCAGCCGUUCCAUGAUGAGGACGGUGACGUUCAUGCUGUCGUGAAUGGCGAGCUCUAUGAUCACGAAGCCAUUCGUGCGUCAUUGGCCGACAAGACAGACUACAAGUUUAAGAGCCGUAGCGAUUGCGAAAUCGUGAUUGCACUUUACAAAUAUUACGGGUUGUCAUUCCUGAGCAAACUACGCGGAGAGUUUGCGCUUUGCAUCUACGAUGCACGCGCUCAACUCUUUGUCGCAGCGAGAGAUCGCUAUGGAAUCAAGCCACUAUUCUACACCUUUGUCGACAACAAAUUGUUGGUCGCUGCUGAAGCUAAGGCUUUCCUGCCAUUAGGCUGGAAGCCUGAAUGGGAUGUUACAAGUCUAAAAGAGGCAGGAUGGAAUCACGAUGCUCGCACCAUCUUCAGGGGCGUUAGAAAAGUUCGCCCAGGUCACUACAUCACCUGCCGUUCCUUCGACAAUAUAGAGUCACGACCCUACUGGGAUAUUGAAUAUCCCUUGAAGACACUGAAAGAAACACGUUCCGACCAGGAAAUGAUCGAAGGCGUCAGAGAACAGAUGCUGGAAGCGAUUCGCGUGCGUCUACGAGCUGAUGUUCCAGUCGGCGUCUACUUGAGUGGCGGCAUUGAUUCAUCGGUCAUCGCCGGCAUGGUCACUCAUCUCGUAAAGGAGCAAGGCGAACGAAUGGGCAACGACAAAGAAACCGAACGCGUCAGCUGCUUCAGUAUCGCUUUUGACGAAGAUAGUGGUUUUGAUGAGUCUGCAAUCGCAAAUCGGACCGCCGACCACCUGGGCGUCAAGUACUAUAAGAAGCACAUGGGCGAAGCUGAACUUGCUGCUCGUUUCGAAGAUGCAACCUGGCACUGCGAGCACCACAAUCCUGACCUCAACUACGUUGGGAAAUAUGCUCUCUCUGAAGUGCCUCAAGAGCUUGGCUUCAAGGUUGUCUUGACCGGCGAGGGCGCAGACGAACAAUUUGGUGGCUAUCCAAUGUACCUCCCGGACUAUCUUCGCGAAGCAGAUGCGUCGUAUCCGUCCAAUCCAUUACCAGAGCACGUGCGCAAGGCACAAUGCAUCCAGACCGAUGAGGAGGCCAGUGCUUACUACGAAUCAAUCGGCGCAGAUGGCGCCAAUCGUGGUCCGUCUUUGCCUCGACGCAUGCUAAACGACAUCACUACUGUCUCUUCCAUGACAGCAUUCUCCGCUGAUACGCUCUUUUCCGACUGGACCCAAGGUCUCGGUGCCUGCGACCCCCAGCUCACCAUUGCAAAUAAUGUCGAUGGCCGAAUCAGGGAAGCAAUAAUGGAUGAAUGGCAUCCGCUACAUACAGCAUUAUAUGUGUGGCAGAAAGGCCACCUAUCCAACAUAUUUCUUUCCUGUUUGGGUGACAGGACAGAGAUGGCACAUUCCAUCGAAGCCCGGACACCAUUUCUUGAUCAUCACUUGACUGAGUAUGUCAAUGGACUCCCUCCAAGUGUCAAGAUCAGGUGGGAUGCUGGUGAGAAGCGAUUUAUAGAGAAGUGGAUUCUUCGGGAAGCAAGUAAACCUUUCAUCACGGAGGAGCUCUACAAGAGGAAAAAGCACCCGUAUUCGGCGCCGACUACGUACCCAGAAGAUGGUCCUCUGCAAAAGCUACUUGCAGGUCUCCUCACUAAGGAUAGAGUCGAACAACUUGGCUUCAUCUCGUGGGUCAAAGUCGAAGGUCUUGUCGCCAAAGCAUUUGAGCAGAAGGAUCCGAACGCGAUGCGCUUUGCAUUCACUGUCGCUCAAUGGGUCGUCAUCGGAGAACGCUUUGGGGUCAAAAAGGCUGUGGCACAGCCAGUGGAAUGUCCCUAGAGCCAUGCCUUGGAGUCUACUUGUUGUUGAGCAUGUCGUAAACCAGCCUCAAUUUCAAGGUUUACAGCUUUAGCUCAAGACACUACCAACACUCUUUGCAUUAUCGCAUGGCAUGAAAUCGCUCACUGGAUACUCUCGAGAAUGUUACUUAGGCUAGAGUGCAUUUCAUCAUGCGAAGCACUUGCGUAGCUUCCAA